AUUCUUAUCAUUUCAAGUAUAUUCAUUUACUGUGAUGGCAAAGUAAAAAAAAACACAACAUUAAAACGCAUGAAGGUGAUAAGAAAUCCCUUCCAGAGGACACUCAAUGGUGUCUCUCUAACUUGCGAAAUUUGACAACAAGAAAGUCCUAUGAUGCAUUUGGCCAUGAGUACAAUUCAGUACAAAACAUUUCAAGGAGAUAUAAGAAUAUUAUCAACAAUGAACUGAAAGGCGCCAAAAACAUUGUGAACAUUAGAAACGAGCAUAACAUAUGGAUAAAGUCAAAGAAGAAUACUAACUAGUGGCUAGAGAAAAUAAGAGUAGAAACAGUCUCAAAUACACAUAUUGAAGGCGGCCAAUACGUUCAGGAGGUUGUCAGGUCUUAAAUUGACCAAAUAAGAACCAUGGAUAAUAGUCAGAAUCAAGAAAAAGACGCCCAAACUGACAAAACUGAUAGAGAAGCUACUGAGUAUCAUGAAGAUGAGCAAAAUAAAAUUAAAGAAACUGAAGAAGAUAGAAAGUGUCGAAGUAGAACCUUGGAUUAUGGAGAAUGGUAUCAAUGUUACAACCUUGUUCACUGAAUAUUAUAAACGUGUUGAACAGUUUUUUAAGACUGAAGGUUUAAUCGCAAUUGAAAUCCAUGUUCAAGAGUUAUCAGCCCUAAACCACAUACUACUUUUAAAACCAUUGCAACAUAGCAAAAUGAUAAGAAAAGUGUUCACUGACGAGAAUAUUAAAUAUAUCACAAAUGAACAACUAAAAACGUCAAUGAACUCCUCGCUUGAUUUUACCAGUGAUGAAUUAACACAGUUAAACCUCGUAUUAAAACGUUUAAUAACUCAAACCCAAAGUGUACAUAAUAUCGCUACUAAUCUUAGGGUAUUCUCCAAUUCCUUGGAUUACGAAAAACGCCGAGUCAUCAUAGGCAUUGCAAUGCUAGUCAUAAAACUCCCUAAAGAUCCAAUCGUAGAUAUCACUACUAUUUCUGAAUCAAAACUGUGGAGUAUUUAUUUCGACCCUUUUUUAUCUGCCAUUAUAUCCGAUAAUGAAAGAAACACACUUUUAAGAUGGUUAAACAAGCAAGCUGAGGACGAUCUUUUAAGACCAGACGCAUCCUUUACAACGAUCAACCAAUUACAGUUUGGUUUCAAUCUUGGAUUUGGUGAAGUGAAAAUUAGUCAGCCGACAUGCGAUAAAGGAGCACUUUGCAACGACGUUUUACGAUUAACCCAUCUAACCAAAGAAUACCUUGAUAAUCAUCGUUUAGAUGCUUCACUUAGUUUCCAAAUUCAUGGCUUUUCUGUUUCAUUUUAUAUGACUCAAUUACCAUGUCAUAAACUAUACACGACGACUGAACUCGGUAAAGUAUCGUUUUCGAAAUCGUUAAAAGACAUAUCCGCUUUCUGCUGUCCGCAAAAUUUGCAAUUUCUAAUUCAGGUUACAAAUGCUUUCUGGAGCCAUUGCAAACCUAGUCUAUCCCCUUCGGUCAUAAAAGAAAGUUCAUCAAGAUCGUGA